AUGGGACCCAAAGCAAAAGCGAAAGCUGUUGGAAAGGCGGCGACCACAGUCUCGGGCAAGGCCUCCGCCGUGCCCAAGCCGCCCCCAAAGCCUUCAGAGCCGACAGUCCCGGCCGUCCCGGCCAUCCCGGGCCCCAGCGAGGCUGUGACUCUCACUGCCAAGCAGGCCGAAGCGCUCUUGGCCAGCCUCUGCGCAGAGGAUCUCCAGAUCCUGGCUGAGACUUUGGAUGAUGAAGAGCAGCUCGCAGCUCGCCAGGUGCUCGAAUAUGUUUGCGACAAAGAUGUGAGCUGGGCCAAUGCGCAGCGGUCGCUCUCCACCGGCAACCAGCUUGUCAACGAGAUCUUGGAGAUGCAGGCAGGCGAAUUCAUCACGAAGCAAAGCUUGCAGAGGUUUGAAGAGCUUGGCCACCCGGACGUUUCCACGCUGUGGGGCAAAAGCCGAACCGCCUACAUCUUGGCCAUUUUCGUGCAGGCGUGUCUUCGGGAUGCCCGUGAUCGUCUGGGACUGACGGCUGCAGCACCUCCUCCACCCCCGAUGGCGGAUGAGCCUCCAGCAUGGCCCCUGGUCAUCGGCUUCAAGGAGUUGCCUUCGCGUAUUGCAGAAGCUGUCCGAUGGAGCCAAACGGUGCUUUUGGUAUGCAAUGGCCACGCGAAGGAAGCUGACACAUUCCUGACAUACUCUGCAUACGUGCAAAUUGAUGCUAAAUGGGUCAUGGGAGAAACUAUGAUCAGAAAGACUAUGGGCAUCGAAGAAAUGCAAGAAAGCCUGCGACAACGGGUUGUCAGCGCUCUGAAGUCUGGACUGCCACUGCAUAUCGCCAUGGCAAACACGGCCGUGGCUUUCAAAGACAAGUUUUGUGGAGAGCAGACAUUUCCCCAUUCCGUAUUCAAUUUUUCGAUGUUCAGAGGUGAGACGGGAACGGAGGCAGGCGAGUAUAAGAAGAUCAUCCGAGAUUCGGAUCUGGAGGAUUGGCCUGGCAGCUUUCCUGGCCGAAUGAAGGAGGGUUUCUUUGUGGUAGUCACAACUGACUUUGACCUCGAGUCCGCUCGAGAAUUCCUCCCCGCAUCUCUACCCUACUUCGACGACAUGGCCAUCCUUGAAGUUAUGUGCUUGCCGGACAACUAUGGAGCAUGGCCAGCACCCUUUUGCUCGUGCGAGCGAUGCCCCGGUGACGUGCCUCAUUGUGCGCGCUUCGAGCGCUGGGCCAAAGCUGCCAAUGUCGAUUCUGUGAAACAGAGUGGACGGUACCAGGAGUUGCUGGAGGAGGCUGCCAGGGGCUCGCCGCAUCUUUCGCCUGACAAGGAGCGACAACUUCAGCUCGACCUGGAUCGGACUUGGCCAUCUUUGCGUAUGUUUUCGGAGAACAGCGGUGGUCGACAGUCGUUGGCCAACCUGUUGAAGGCGUGGAUCAUCUUCGAUGGGAACGAAGCCCAAGAGGCGAGCGCAUGUCAAGAAGCCACUACUGAGGUGGCAGGUGCUGUUGGGAGUCGAAGAAGUUCGCGCAGGAGCGAGGCAGUUGGGUACGUCCAGGGCAUGAAUUUCAUCGUCACUGCACUUCUCUGGCACUGCAUGGCCGAAGAGGCGGUGUUCUGGCUCUUCGUGGCCACGGUUCACAACUACGACCUGCGCAGCAUGUUUGAAGCUCCCGAUAUGCACGGAUUGAAGGUACGCUCCUUCACAAUUGCUCAGCUCGUGCAUCAAGAGAUGCCCGACCUUUCUGCCCACCUGGCUGAGCACAUGCAAAACUCUUUGAGUCUGCUCUUCACGGAGUGGCUGCUGACACUGUUCGCAGGGAGCAUGCCCCUGACACCGCUUGCGAUCCUGUGGGAUCACUUCUUCCAGGAAGGUCCAGACAUCGCAGCACGCAACUCGGCUGCACCCUGGUACGCCCCUGGCGACUGCAAAGACUUGAUCGUGUGA